AUGACGAGACGAAGAUCAGGAGUGACAUCGCGUUUCGCAUCCACGUCGCGUGAGAGGCAGGCCGCGACGCGACAGGGAUCACCAGCGCACUCACCCGAGGCUUCGGGAGAGGAGACUUCGGCACCUCAAGCGCCGAUCUCCGCCCAAUAUUGGAGGCGCUUGAUCCGUAGCGUUGAUGAUAUACGGCAGCGAAACGAUUACUUGCAAGAACAACUGGAAUAUUAUCGUUCCGAGCAGCAGGAUGAAGGCGAGCGUGAAGCGGAAGCCGUGGCUGAAUUUGAGCUGUUCUCGGCGGCAGUGAGGGAGGUGGCCAUAACAGAUAACAUGAAGAAUAUUGUCCUCAAGACAUAUAUCGGGAAAGCUGAUCUCAAAGAGCACCUGCUAUAUUUCAAUACAAAAAUGGUGAUCAAUGCAGCCUUUGACGCCGUGAAGUGCAGGAUAUUUCCAUCUACCUUCAAAGGCACGACCAUGGCAUGGUUCACCACUCUACCCCGAGGAUCCAUCACGAAUUUUCAUGACUUCUCAUCAAAGUUCCUUGUCCAAUUCUCCGCCAGUAAAACCAAGCAAGUGACAAUUGAGGAUCUCUACAAUGUCCGCCAAUCCGAGGGUGAGACUCUGAAGCAGUACGUGAAACGAUUCAGCGCGGCGUCCGUCAAGAUUGAGGAAUCAGAGCCACAUGCUUGCGCGCGGGCCUUCAAGAACGGCGUACAGCCAGGGAAGUUGAAUAGCAAAUUGAGCCGAAAGUCCAUGGCAGAGAUCUGGGCACGAGCGAACACCUACAUUCUGGACGAGGAGGAUGAUGCCUUCAAGCGACGGCGUGCAAGGAAGGAGAAGGAUGGCGAGGUGAGAGACGCGUCGCCAGAAGAAAAACAGAGCAAAGAGAGGGGAGAGGGCAGCAAGAGGCGAGAUAGGAAAGUAAGGACGGGGGAAAAGGUUGUGAAGGAGCCAUUGUACCCUAAAAGGAAAAAUUUUGAACGUCGCAGACCGUGGCAUCAGGCAGACUCUCGCCGGCGCGAGGAGUCAGGGAAGAGUCUAAAUUCACAUCUGACAGAGCUGCUUCGUGAGGUCAAGGCGACCCACGCAGUCGAGGAAGCGAGAAAGAGUCCGAUCCGCCUCGAGCCGCGUCGGACAAAACGAAGUGGUGCGAGUAUCACCGCUCAGCUGGCCACGACACAGGAGACUGUUUUACGCUGA